AAUUAAAUGGCUAAAAUCUGCACUUAAAGAAGCUGCCACAUACCAGAAUUUGCAGCUAGCAGAACCGGGCCUAGCAGGGGGGAAAAGCCGGCGGCAAGUGCAGGGGAAGCUCACGGGUUUACCCAAAAAUUGGAGGAACAAGAGCAAUUAAGAUAAACCCAAGCUAAAUCAAGCUAAAGAAGGGAGAUUCAUGGCUGUUUCUUACCAGAAAAUCAAGACAAUUCGCCCCCACAAAGCAGGAGCAGCCGGCGGUGAGGAGCAGAGCAGCAGCAGAUCCGGAUUUUUCCAGCAAGGGGGGAAGAUUUCUGGGUUCCAAAUCAGGUUCUUGGACAAGAAAAGAAGGCCAAAAACCAAGCUUUCUCACCAAUUUUCCAAGGCAUGGCUGGGUUCCCUUUUUUUUUUUCUUCGGGUGGCUGCAGCGGGAAGAAAUGAGAAGAAGAGCAGAAUCGGGCUGGAGAAGAAGAAAGAAAGAAAGAAAAAGGAGAAAAGAAAAGAAGUCAUCCUUAUCUAAAAUCUUUCCCUCUUUAAGUCCCUCAACUUUGGACAUUUCGGCUAUUAAGCCCAAAACAAUAUUUUCUCACACAAAAACCCUUACUUAAAUGCUAAAAUAGCACAAAAUUUUGGGGUAUUACAUUCUCAAACUAUAUCUAGACCGUUUUCGGUUCGAAUAUGUUGGACUUUCUUGUAACUUUUAAGAAUUACUGUCCCAACCGGCUCCAUUCUGAAAAUAUAUCCACACCGGUUUCGGUCUGAAUAUAUUGGACUUGCUUGU